AUGCUGAUCCGGUCAAACUUCAACUGUGUGAACUGUGGUCCCUCAUUUCUUCUUCAACUUGUGAUGACUAAGUGCCAAGAUGAUCUCCCUGAGGAGUCCGAAGAACUGUAUCUUCGCGAAUUAAAACCAAAAGCAAUCAUGAUGGAGUACGCAAGAGUGGGUGGCAGGCUGAAAAACAGUGACUUAAGUGAAAUGAGAAAGCGUCCUAUGAUUCUGCCAACUAAACAUAAUUUUACUGUAAAUUCUAGGUCUGUGCAUCAACAGAUGGCUGAUUUACCAGCUGCGAGAGUGACCAUAUCAAGAGCUUUUGCUAAAACAGGACUCGAUUUCUGUAGUCCAUUUGUGGUAAAAAAUUUUGUAGGUAGAAGUAAACAGGCCUUGCACUUUGAAAUUGUUAAUGGUUUAACAAGUGCAGCAUUUAUAGCAGCACUUAAACGCUUUAUUGCCAGGCGAGGUAAACCCUCAGAUAUUUUCAGUGAUAAUGGCAGAAAUUUUGUGGGUGCUCAUAGAGAAUUAAGAGCGAUUUUAAAAUCUUUAUUUAAGGAUAAAAGUGAGGAAGAAAUCAAAGGUUAUUUGGCUACUGAAGGCAUAAAUUGGCAUUUUAAUCCUCCCUCUACUCCUCACUUUGGAGGUUUAUGGGAAGCUAGUGUGAAAUCCCUUAAAUAUCACUUGAAACGUGUGGUGGGAAAAACAAUUCUAACUUAUGAAGAAUUUUUUACUCUAAUUGUUCAAAUUGAAUCUGUACUUAAUUCUCGCCCUCUUUGUCCCAUAUCAAAUGAUCCAAAUGAUGUAGAGGCAUUGACACCUGCUCACUUUCUUAUUGGUUCAUCUUUAAUUGCAUUGCCUGAACCUAAUUUUACAGAGAUUCCUAUAAAUCGGAUAACUAGAUGUGUUGUGUUUGUAUUUUAUAACUUGUGUUCUAAAUUUAUUGUUGAAUGUAACAUUCAAGGCCGGGCUGGAUGUUGA